AUGGCAGCUCCAGGUGGAAAUGGCUUUGGCAGAGACGCGAACCUUUCCAGCGAGCCUCUUAGAAGAUUCUAUAUUGACGAUAUCUGCGCUCUCAAGUCCAACAGGUCGAUGGUGGGAUCAGUUGAUAGGACGUUCUACGAUGUCGAGUCACACGGUUCACUUGCAGACUACACUCUUAUCGUUGCAUCUGUUCCGGUCCCUGAAGAUAUACAGUCUCAAUUCAUGAUAUCAGGAGUGCCGCCAAAAGGAUUUGUCUUUGUCACCUGGAACGAACGCAACGAGGGCUUUUCACUGGUCUCUGAGGACGAUAUUGAGCUUAUUGGCCGGAACCUGGACAUUGGAAGCCUAGUUAAACGUGACCAGAAUGGCACCAUGUGUGGCACUGUCAUUAGUGUCUCUCCAAAAUACACACUUAAACCGAUUACCUAUCGGGUUGUUGACCCAAGAUCAGGCGAAAGAGGUCCAGUCAGAUUCACAAGAAAGCGAUCAAAUGGCCUUGACGGGACGGGGUUCCAGAGGGGGGAUACCACAGGUCCGACUCUGCUCACUAAUGUCGACCCAGACGAUCUAAAAUAUUCGCCCGAAUAUGCCAAGGGUGACUAUAUAUUACAUCGACAGAAACUUGGCCUUAUCCGAGCCGUCACCCGUGAUGUUGUGGUCAUGCUAUGCAACCAAACGGUCGUGGUAGUACGAGACCCUUCUCUUAUUCGUAUGCCUUUGAACGUCAUUCCUAGCAAUAUACUUGAUGUACGAUCUGACCCUUCUGUCGCACCGUGGGAAAGAAACCAGUACAUAUCAAAUCACAGACCUGUCGCUGGCCAUCUGGUGCAGACACCUCAAAUAAAUUUGGCGAGUGGUCGAUGGAUACAUGGACAAUAUUCAAUUAACCAUCUUGAAGGGAAUAUAUUGGCUGCCCCACUAACUGAGGUCCAUGUUGAUUGGAUAUGCUCAAACGUAUUUUCAGCCGGCCAGUCUGUGACUGGAAAUGGACCUGAUGAUGGAAUCCUGACACCAUCCGAUCUACAACAACAUACCAAAGUCUAUGAUCGCUUCAAAGUUCCUCGGGGAGCCUUUGAGGAAAAUUCCGGGCACGCGCGUAGUUCAAUACUCGCUGGGGACUACGUUUGCUUUCGAGAUGCUGCUGGUGCGGCAGUCAAAUAUCCACAAUUUGAUCACAUCCCUCCGAGCGAAACGUUCGGUUACGAUACGAAUGUAUUUAGCGUAUUAGAUGCAACCUUUGAAGUGGUAGUACGGUGGCAGGAUUUGUCCAUAACAACUGAGCCAUCAACGUCUCUUCAUAGGCUCUCAGGGUUCGAAGAGGAGAUCAUGCCGGGCACGAUUGUUGCUCUCAAGGAACAAACCCACGUUAUUCCGAACACUUAUAUUGACCCUUCAGCGUUUCUAAAUGCUCAUCUUCCUCCGACAAUGGAUGAUUCUAUUUUAAGGUUGGGCAAGGUUGGAGUAGUUCAGGCUGUAAAUAGUCGGGAACGGGUUGCGUUGGUUCGUUGGUUUAAAGAGCCAAACGUAGAGCUUCUUCACGGCGGACACGUUCUGCGGCCAUCCUCGGUUUUUGGAGAACUAGAGGAAGAAUCUAGUAUGAUUUCUGUUUAUGAGAUCAGCAGCCACCCCGGACUGGACAGGCAGAUAUCCGACAUGGUUCUGCUGGCCCCAGCGAAAGUUCACCAGUCUAUUUUAUUUUCACAACCAACACAUGAUCUAUCGGCAUUUGUUGGCCCUUGCACACUCAGCUACUUGGGGCUGCUCAGUUUCUGGCAGAUCAACUAUUUCCUAAAUGAUAUCAGAAAGGUUUGGACCCAGACAGCAUGGUUCCAACGCUCUAUUGAGAUCGAUAGGACUAUUAUUCCACACGUCUUUUUGAACUCUGAUACCAUGGCAGCUUAUGAUAUUUGCCAACCACUUGACUGGAUUGGGCACAUUGUCGGACUAAAUCUUGAUGGAACUAUCACUGUUCGAUUGGGGGCACUUGAACAGUGCCGGGAUGUUCGUGUUCCAUUUGAAGGAAUACUACAGGUGUUGGACGAAGGCAUGGAGGAAGUUGAUCAUGAUGAAGUGCCACAUGAAAUACUGAGAGAACUUUAUACUGAAGUGGAUGAUUUCGAAGAAAUGGAAGAAAUGGAAGAAAUGGAAGAAAUGGAAGAACCGGGAGAACUGGGAGAACUGGGACUGGGAGAUACGUGGAUGUUGGACAUGGGUGUUGAGGAAGCUUUUGCGAGGUUUAGUUCCCUAAUCCUCUCGCAAGAGGAAGAGGAGUGGUCGACAGACCACGACGAGGAUGAAAUAGAGAGCCUCGUUUCUAACGAUGACUUUGGGCCAAGUCAUGACAUCGUCACUGAGCAUGCCUUGGAUCCUCCUGUCAUUCCAGCUAGUGAGGUCACCAACGAACCUCUACCUACUGACGCCGUCAGUGACCCAACGCCCAAUAGAGUGAUUGGCAAACCCUUGAGCUUUGCCAUCAUGGACACGCCGCCUCCGGCCGACCAUCAUUUCUUUCACUCUAGGAUGGCUGAUGAAGGGAAUAAUUCACUUUCGCUGCGUCGUCUCGCCAAAGAAUACAACAUUCUUGCAAGCUCGCUUCCCCCCGGUAUCUUUGCUCGGACAUGGGAGUCUAGCAUGAAUCUUUUGCGUGUUCUCAUUAUCGGACCAGAGGGAACACCAUACGAGUAUGCACCCUUCAUUAUCGAUUUUCACUUUGAUAGCAAAUUUCCGCAUCAGCCUCCACUUGCCUUUUUCCAUUCUUGGACAAACGGAAUGGGUCGAAUUAACCCGAAUCUGUAUGAGGAUGGCAAGAUCUGCCUGAGCAUUUUGGGCACAUGGCCAUCAGUCAACCCUGAUGAGACAUGGUCGUCGACGAAUUCAACACUGUUGCAGAUCUUGGUUUCAGUCAUGGGUCUCGUUCUAGUCAAAGACCCUUUCUACAAUGAAGCAGGAUUUGAUAAACUUGCAUCAGAAGGUGACCGUCGCAUUGAGUCCAGCCAAUACACCGAGAAAGCGUUCGUCAUGACCCGUGCUUUUAUCAAACACGCUCUAGAGAAGCCCAUGGGUGAUUUUGGGGAUAUUAUUGCCUGGCACUACCUUCCGGGACCCGAGGCAGAUGACCGGCCCAAUCUGCUACAAAGGGCCAUCGCAGAAGCCCGCAGAAUGAUAGAUCACCACAAUGCCCAGUCUGAUCAAAAGGAGGAAAGCGAUGGCGCUCCGGCCUCGCCGUUUGUUGCUCGGCUUAGUCUUGGAGCGGUGGUGAUGCUCCGCAGACACCUUGACGGACUGGAAAAUAUUUACAAGCAGAGCGAGAUUGAGGACGACAUGGAUCCAAUGGAGUUAUAG